GGGCCGCCUCAAGACAACGUGAAGUGUGGGGAAGUCUAGAUAUUCAUCGGUCCUGUCAGAUAGAAGAGAACUACCAAGCAUCCAUGUCACUCAUCACCGAAAUGGCUUCUCGUCCAUCACGCAAGAGUCAAGUGACUGCACGCAGCGAAUCAGACGAGGAUGACGCGCUGCAAAGUUCAUAUGAUCGGAAUGAGGAUGACAUGCUCAAAACAGCCCAGGAUAUGCUCUCUUCAAGCAAGAGGCGUCGGGCAGCCAAACGCAAGAACCUUGAAGAAGAGUAUACUUCGCAUACCAAGGAUGUUGCAGCCAGGAUCAACUCUUUGUUCGAGACUAGGAAAUAUCGAGUGGCUAAAAUCCAGAAGGCCCAAUGGGACAGGCUUGAUGCUCUAAAUAGGAAGAGGUCGGCUCUCGAAUCUCUCAUUCUGGCCAGUAUGAGAUCCAUUGAGCAGCACACUAUCAAUAUCUGCAGCGAAUUAUCCGCCAUGUUCGAGGGUCGUAUCGAAGAACUUCAGGAGGGUCCAGUUCCACAGAAAUCUUAAGAAACUACUUACCGUCUGGAAGUUCAAGGAGACACCAGGGAGACACUGAAAUAUUGCUAUACACCUUUGCUGUACACUUACCCUCUAGCACACUUAUCAAGGAACUAUUUACAGGCGUUACGAUAAGGGUUUGUCAGGGGCUUGUUUUGCCGGUCAUUAGCACGUAAAAUACAUACCUAUAUACACUUGCAUCGC